CCUCCUCGCCCAGACAUGGCCACCGGCGGCGGCGGCGGGGAGGGCGGCUCGGCCGCGGCCGAAGGAGGCGGCGGGGGAGCGGGGGCGGGGCCCGGCCGCAGGCUCUUCGUGGCGGUGCACGUGGGCGCGGGCUUCCACGCUCCGGCCAACGAGCGGGCCUACCGCCGGGCCAUCAGGCGCGCCUGCCUCGCCGCCGCCGCCGUCCUCCGCGAGGGCAGCGGCACAAGUCUUGAUGCCGUCGCGGCUGCCAUUCGAGUGCUGGAGGAUGACCCCAUCACAAACGCUGGUCGAGGUUCAAGUUUGACCGAGAGUGGUCAGGUCGAAUGCGAUGCGAGUAUCAUGGAUGGAACUACAGGUUCUUACGGAGCUGUCGGAGCUGUGAAAGGUGUAAAGAACCCCAUCCAAGUUGCAUUGCACUUGGCAAAGGAACAAAUGUCAGGUUCUUCACUGCUUGGUCGGAUACCCCCCAUGUUUUUGGUCGGCGAGGGAGCAUUCCAAUGGGCAAAAUGUAAAGGAAUGGACAUAAUCGAAACCACAUCGGAGGAUAAUAAUUGGUUAGUGACUGAGAAUGCAAAAGCACAGUGGGUAAAGUACAGUGCGUUGCUUGCUAGUGCCAAGGAAUCUGUUAAUCGAUCCACUGCUUCUGCUUCAGAAUCUACUUCAAUACAGUUGGACCCAUCAGGAGCUCAAGCUGAGAAUUUGAACAAUGCAAAAAAGAUCAGGAAAGAAUUCAGUAGAUCAAUCAUGGAAGAUGAUCAAGAUUGUGUAAUGGAUACUGUUGGCGCUGUAUGUGUUGAUGAGUAUGGAAAUGUAGCAUCUGGCGCAUCUAGUGGUGGCAUUGCACUAAAGGUAGAUGGCCGGGUGGGAUUAGCUGCUAUGUACGGCUCUGGGUGCUGGGCUUCAUCCAAAGGACCAUUUGGCACACCAUUCGUAAUUGGGUGUUGUGCAACCGGAGCUGGCGAACACUUAAUUAGAGGAUUUGCUUCCCGUGAAUGUUGUAUCUCAGCAUCACUGUCACAGUCUGGCCCUGCUUCCUCCUGCACCAAAGUUUUGCGCUCGGUGGUGCAGAGCAGCAGCGAGAUGUCUCACGACACCGGCGCUGGGCUCUUGCUAGUUCAGUCUGACCUUACAAAGGUUAUCAUCUGCAAAACCGUCUCCUUUCCUUUGACUUUCGAUGAGCGACCCCUCCAUUCGUGGUCUAACAAUGCAUGUUCCGCAGAGAGGGGAGUCACCUCUACUCGAAGCCGUCGAGCUCGUUGCUGCCUACUCAUCCCCAUCGUUCGGCAUCGGGUAUUUCGGGAGCAAUAUGAACAGCCCAAAGGUUUCAAUGCUUAGGGAUUCAAGAGCACCAUCCGGCUCCGUCCAGCAUUUCGCUACCCGUGUGAAUUUCGGCGCACCGUCGACUGAAGGAUGACGAUCAGCUGCCCGUGUGGUUCCCCUUUUAUUUGUCCUUGGGCACUUCUCUGUUAUGUUGAGGGGUGAACAUAUUCUGUGUGUGCCAUAGAUAACUUGUUAAUGGGUGAUAAAUAUGAUAUCCCCCAUCCAUUGUGCCCCAUUGCUGACAAAGGAUGCCCUGAGCGACACAUCGGCAAAUAGCUUCCAAACUUUGAAUAUAUGUUGAACUCGAAAUUGAAGAUGUUUGUUUGAACGAUCGUGGUGAUCGGUUUAUUAA